AUGGCUCACCAUCUACAAUCCCAGUCAGCAAAGAAAAGAAUGUCAACGGUCAAGAUUACGAAGGCAAAGCCAUCUUAUGAAGACAUGCUCGACAGUCCCAUAAUAGAUCUCUACAUAGGUCCCAAACGCAAAAAAUUCAGUAUCCACCGUGGACUCCUCUGCGCCAAAUCCCCCUUCUUCGCAGAUAUCUUCCUCAACAACGAUGAACUCAGCGAGGAAAAAGAAGACCACUAUCUACCCAAGAUGAGCGCGGAACAUUUCUCCAUCAUAAUGAAAUGGCUGUAUCGCGGAACUCUCGACACGGGAUUCGAGAAAGAAGGAAAUAAACCUAGCUGUGCAGCCAUCGAGGUUUACGCCUUGGCGCAUCAUUUGGGAAUGUCGGAAAUGAUGGAUAAAGUAUUAUCUGGACUGGGAAGAAGAUAUGUGGAGAAGAGGUUCACGCCGAAUGUUUUUGCAAUUGAGUUGGCGUUUGAGUUGACGGAACCCGUGGCACCCAAGGAUCGGGAUUGUGGACUGAGAAGGUGGAUGGCGAGAUGGUAUGCUAUUAUGCUGCUUUUUCCAGAUGGGGUAUCGUCGACGGCUGGUAAUACUAUCUCCGAGGAGAGUUUGACUGAGUUAGGACUGAGAUUUCCGUCUUUGUAUCGCAGUGCGGUUGGAAUAUUGAGAGGGGCGGAAGGGUGGAAAGAUGUUAGAACAAAGUUUUAUGAGGAGAAGGUAUGUUCAUUUCAUGAGCAUGAAGCUGGUGAUAGGACUUGCGAGGAUAUUGGAAAGUUCUGGGGUAUCUUUAGGAGUAAGGAAACGGAGGCUGGGUGGAUGUCGGUGAGUAGGAUGGGAAUUUAA